AUGGCCAUGAAAAUUUGUGCUCUUAUUAUCGCUGGCGUUGUUGCAAGCGUAAUUUCCUUUGCUUCUGCCACACCAGGAACAGCCACUUUCUACACAAGUUAUACACCAUCGGCAUGUUAUGGAAACAAGAACAAUGGUGCAAUGAUAGCUGCAGCCAGUGAUCCUCUGUGGAACAAUGGAGCCAUUUGCGGCAAAAAGUUCAAAGUGACUUGCACAGGCCCUACAAAUCCCGUGCCACACCCUUGCACUGGCAAAACUGUGUGGGUGGAGAUUGUUGAUCACUGUCCUGGGUGCGGAGGAACCCUAGAUCUCUCGAGAGAAGCCUUUGCCACCAUUGCCAACCCGGUGGCCGGAAUAAUCAAAAUUGAUUACCAACAGUACGGUUUGAAGUUCUCUAUAGAGAUGUUUCUCAAGCAGUUUGUAAGGGAAAUGGUUCUAGUAAAAAGACUGAUCGAAAUAAAGCAUGCCAUUGAAAUUGGGUUGUUCUUGGUAUAA